CAUGACUGGAAGAGCAGAGGCGUGGGCCACGGUGGAGAGGAGUCGCAACUCGGUGACGUGUCGCUCUUGGACGGCUUUCGUCUGCGCCAUAACGCAGGUCUUCCAGUACGCCGCGCUGGAGCACGAGGCAACGGCGUCGCUGAGGACGUUACGACAGGGGCUCUCCCCGCAGGUCCGCAGUCUCCUCAUUGCCGUGGACCUUCCUACCUCGUUGGAUGCACUCAUCACGCUGGCGCUCAAAGUCGACCACAGACUUGCCAUCCAGGGACAAAUGGACGCGCUGGUUGGAGGAGAGACGGGGGCGUCCGUUCCGCCCGCUUCCCUGUCACCCACGUUCACUCCCGCGACGGAGCCCAUGUGGGUGGAGGUUCUCAACGGUCCAGCAGAGGAGCGCCUGCGACAGCGACGGGAGGGACGCUGCUUUUACUGCGGCCGCUUGGGCCACUUAAUUGCCUAUUGCCCGGUCAGACCAAAGCAUCUCGGCCUCAGGAUCACUACCCCGGCUCUGGCGGUGGUGAGACACUGCAAGCGGACCUGGGAGGCAGCUUGCAAGACACUGGCGCGCAUGGGCAGCUCCUACAAGUCCACAGCGAACCUCAAGAGGAGAAGUACACCGGCGUUAAAGGUGGGGGAAACGUGUGUGGUUGUCCACAAAGGAUCUUCAGCUGCGGACGGAAUCGCGCAAGCUUGCUCCCAGGUUCGUUGGUCCGUUCCCCGUCAGCAAGGUCAUCAACCCUGUCGCCAUUUCAUUGAAGCUCCCCAGGUCGAUGUGGGUCCACCCCACCUUAAAUGUUAGCAGGCUCCGUCCAACCCGUCCGUCACCACUGGUUCCUCCGGUCAAGCCUCCUCCGCCUCCCCACAUGGUAGACGGUGGGCCUGUGUACUCGUUGCGCUGUCUGCUUUCUUUUCAUCACAGAGGCAGGGUGGUCCAGUACCUGGUGGAUUGCAAGAGGUAUGGCCCGGAGGAGCGUUCCUGGAUCACGUCCCACUUCAUUGUUGACCCCACCCUCAUCAGUGACUUCCACGCCGCCCAUCCUGAAGCUCAUAGGCCGUCUGGAUCCGGCCGUUAAGGGGGGGGGGUACUGUCAUGGCCCUGCCGUUCCAGCUCUGGCCGGAAGUGUCCCAGCAGACCGACGAUGAUUAAGAGGCGCACACCUGCACCUCAUCUCCGCUGAUUAACCCUGGUACUUAUAGGACUCGGGGGACGACUGGUCUUUGCCAGAUCGUUGCCUCGCAUGCCUCGUUCCCGAAUUUUCGCAUUCCUGAUGCCAACCUCCCGUGU